AUGAUAUUCAUUCGCUUAGUCAUUUGCUUGCUAGCUGCUGGAUCUGCGAUAGCAUUGCCUGUAAAUAGAGAUCGCAAUAUAAGGACUUUAUCAGUGACGAAAUUACAUACUAAAUAUGUCACAGAGGGAUGCCAAUCGUCUAAUGACACGAUUCAACAUAAAGAAACAACUUAUUUUAUGUCGAAUGCACAUGAAAAUGUGCUUAGUGUGAACUUGAAAACUACAGUUGGUCUGGCUACUUUGGCAAGUCCAACAUCCGGUACAAAGUCAAGUGGGCCAUACCAAGCCUCAACUUUCAGUCGUACUUUUGGUGCUUCUUCUUCCCUGAUUCCUGCUGAAACAGCAACACAUUCAUCAAUUGUGGCAGCCUCGGUGUCCACUUCGAUUGUCUCAUUCCUGUCGGACUCGUCAUCUCUGACAACAAAAUGGGGGACUUCUUCACUGAUAGUGGUAUCAUCUGAAAGCUUUUCAGCAUCCUCUUUCUUGUCGCCAACAUCGAUAUCAACUUCAUCAUUACUCCUGUCUUCUUCAGAUGUCCAUGAAACCUCAGGUACUUCAUCACUGGCCGAAAUAUCCACAUCCACGAGUAAAUCAGAAUCUCAAAGUUCAUCAACGGCAACGCUUUCCUUGAAGACACUAUUGUCGCAAAGCGUAGGUGACUCUGCAAUAUCCAACACCAUAGAUAAGGUGUGGAAAAGAUUUUGGUCUACUGAUAAAUCCAAAUGGAAUGACAACGAUUCUAUUUGCGGAAGCUCUUUUGAUGCCGUUGUUCUAUGGGAUCAAGCCGUGGUUGGUAGGGCAAUUACGAAUUCUAAAGAUUUAACUAAGAUUAACCGAAUAAUGAAUAACAUAGCCAAUUACAGAAACGAUAAACUCGGUGCCUAUUCUGCAGGCGAGGGGGGGACUGAAGAUGUAUACACGGAUGAUAAUGCUCAGCUUGCGUGGGUUUUUAUCGACGCAUAUCGAGUUACUGGAAAUGAAGACUACCUAAAUAAAGCUCAAGCUAUUGUAUCAUUCAUUGAAAAGCAAGUAGAUGUAAAUGGAGGGGUUUUAUGGAAAUAUAAGCACACAUAUAUUGCGUCUAUAUCAACAGUGGAAGCUGCCCUUGCAGCAAUGAGAUUAUAUGACGUGUCGCAAAGUGACACAUUGAUAACAUUUGCAGAAAGCUGUAUGAAUUUCAUGUUCAAGUAUUUUCAGGAUCCUUCAGACCACCUUUUCUAUGACGGAUUAGAUAAAGACAAUUACAAAGAUUUAAAUAAAGGUAAGUUAUCAUACACAGUUGGAUGCGCCUUGAGUACGCUUGCUUACCUAGUGAAGUAUACCGGUAAUCAGAAAUGGUUAUCUAGUGCUAUUGAAUUGGGAAAUGCCGCAACAAACAAAAGCGGUGCCUUUUACAAUGGUGAUAAGAUUUGGAACAACCAACUUCAAUACGUGCAUCUUCUAUAUGCUGGGUUUGCCGAUUUAUUGAAUAUAGUGGAUUGGAAUAAUGAUUUCGAUAGUUUUAGAGAUGAGGUGAAGAGACAGGGUGCUUUCGUAUACAAUUUCUUACAGGAUUCACAGGACUCGUCGCUUUACUUCAACCUGGCGACCUCCUCUACUAAAACCAUGUUCAAUCAUUACCAUUCAUACUUUGACGAUGGCACAUUUUCUGAUGAUCUGUCUAUUUAUUGUAAUAGUAAUUUGAAUGGACCAACAAAGAAAGUUUUGAUGGACAAUGCCUCCACUGCACAAAUACUUUUCGAACUAAGUAGAAUUGAAUAG